UAGCUUGCUCUAUUCCCUCCUUCCUCUCGUGCUCUCGCUGCCUGUCCUCUGCGCAGAGGCUUGCUGCUGGGAGACGGGAACAUGGAACGCCGGAGCAUUGUAUGCUGGGUGCCCUUCAUCCUGUUCCUCUUCUUCAGAUGGACACUCGGUCAGACCACUAACUACACCAGGCCCGUGUUCAACUGCGGUGGGACCCUGGAGGGAGACUCAGGCUUCGUGGGCAGCGAGGGCUUUCCUGCAUUCUACAAACCAGACAGCAAAUGCACCUGGCACAUCACUGUCCCAGAAGGCAAUGUGGUCAUGCUUUCCUUUAGGAUCUUUGACCUGGAGGCUGACCCCCUUUGCCGAUAUGACUACGUGGACGUGUACAACGGUCAUUCCAACCUGGUGCAGAAGCUGGGCCGCUUCUGUGGGACCUUCCGACCUGGCGCUCUAAUCUCCACCUCCAACACCAUGAUGCUGGAGAUGGUGUCGGACUCCGGCACAGGGGGCAGGGGCUUCCUGGCCUACUUUAAUGGAGUAAAACCACAUGUGGAUGAGCAUCAGUUUUGUGGUGGAAAAAUGACGAAGCCACAAGGCACCAUCAAAACUCCCAACUGGCCAGAAAAGAACUACCCAACAGGCAUUAGCUGCUCCUGGCUCAUUACUGUGGAACCAGACAUGGUGGUUGAGGUGAAGUUUGGGAAGUUCGACGUGGAGCCAGACAUCUACUGCCGAUUUGACUAUGUGGCAUUCUUUAACGGAGGAGAGAAGGACGACUCGCGGCGUAUCGGCAAACAUUGCGGUGAUGUAGCCCCUGAGACCAUCGUGACCAACAACAAUAUGCUCCUGGUCCAGUUUGUGUCUGACCUCAGCGUGACCUCUGAUGGCUUCAUGGCCACAUAUUCCAGUGUCCCGCGAGGCUCUCGCACCCCCACUGCAGGGGGCUUUCACCAAUCAGGAGCCCGAGUGAAUUCUGUACCCACAGCUCCACGCAUUCCUUCAGUCCUGCCCAAGAAACCCGUGAUCAUCAAGACCACAGAAGCCCCAUCUACUACUACCACAACCAACCCCCCGCGCAGACAUGUGCCGGCCAAACCUGUCCGGCCCGCCAGACCUCCAGUCCACAAGCCAGAACCAGGCCAGCGCAGACCGGCUCGUCCAGGUCCAAACACAAACCCUCAUUGCACAAAAACAUGUAAGAGAGAUGGAACCAUCAAGAAAAGCUUCUGUGCCAGCGAGUUUGUGAUCACGGGGACUGUGACGAUGCUGUCCAAUGGCCCCGAGGGUAGUCUGCAUGCGUCCGUUUCCAUUAUAAAGGCCUACAAGGCUGGUAGUCUGACCAUCACACAAGCUGGAGAGACUAUGUCAGUCAAACUGGUGCUGCCCUGCAGACUAUGUCCACUGCUUCGCAGAGGUCAGAACUUCAUUCUCAUGGGCCAAGUGGAUGACGAGGGGCGUGGCACCCUGGCGCCCGGGAGCUUUACCGCAUCCUACAAAACUCCACACCACAAAAUCCUCGCCAACCUCAACAAGCAGCCGUGCUGAUACGUCAGCUCGACCGGAAUUGAGGGACUCUGUAGUCACGGAUCUAGGAAAGAUUUUGAAAUGCGUUAUUCCCUCCGUUCUUUUGUAUUUCCAGGUAAACGCUCUCUAACAAAGUGUCUGAGAGAAAGAGACUGAAAUUUCAUUGAAUUCUGGAGCAGCUAUAUAUGCUUAAUUAGAAAUAAUCACAUGGCAAAAUAUAGAGGGGCUACAUUUAUCUUUAUUCAUUUUAUUCGCAAAAAGUUGUGGCACAAUACAUUUGUAAUUUAUGAUGAUGUCCUCGAAAUAAAGUCUUUAAUUGUACUAUGCA